AUGGGUAGCCCGACUUCUUUCCUUCUCACGAUCGCGACGCUCGUCGUCUCCGUUCUUGCGGAUAUCUCAGUCAACCUGCGUUUCGAUUUUGCUCCAGUAGCAGUCACAUAUCCUUCAACGACAGAAGAGGUUGCCGCCGUCGUUAGUUGCACCUCCGAAAGUCUGCAGAUCGUUGCAAGAAGCGGCGGUCAUAGCUACAUUGCUAAUGGCCUAGGGGGCAAAAAUGGUUCCCUAGUUAUUGACUUGAGCAACAUGACCAGGGUGGAUGUCGACGCGUCUUCGGGUACUGCAACAAUAGAAACGGGUAACAGGUUGGGAGAUGUCGCGUUUGCAUUGAACAACCAGGGUAGGGCCCUUCCCCAUGGAACUUGUACUUAUGUAGGAAUUGGUGGUCAUGUCUCUGGUGGAGGGUUUGGAUUUACGUCUCGAAUGUGGGGUCUGACCCUCGACACAGUUCAAUCAAUGACUGUGGUCUUGGCCAAUGGCACGAUUGUAGAGCCAUCGAGCAGCUCUGAAUCAGAUCUCUUCUGGGCAAUGAGAGGUGCCGCAUCCUCGUUUGGUAUCAUCACCUCUAUAGAUGCCGAGACGUUCCCUGCGCCAUCUUUUGCAACCGUCUACGCAUACAAUUGGCAAAUGAAUUACUCUGAUGCUGCAGCUGCUCUAACCCAAUUCCAAGACUUCGUGACGACGGAUAUUCCACCUGAAUUUGGCGCCGAAAUCAAUCUCGGGAAAGGUGACUCCGAAGGGACUGUCUCUCUUGAGUUGACUGGCGGAUGGUAUGGCGACUCCAUAGAUACCCUUCAGAGUGUGUUGGAUCCAUUCUUGCAGUCGAUGCCUCCGGUGGAUGGACAGUUCUCUGGCAAUGGAACGUACAUCGAUUCAGUUCAGAUUUUGGGUGACGGUGUCGUCAACACCAAAGCUGCGGGGCCGGACAAAACUGACACUUUCUAUGCUAAAUCGUUGAUGACACCGGAAGAGCAGCCCAUUACUUUGGACGCUUUCGAGGCCUACAUGAAGUAUCUCGCAUAUGAAGGUUAUAAUUCAGAGACGAACUGGUUCAUGCAAUUCGAGCUGUACGGGGGAACAAACUCGUUCAUCAACUCGAUAAAUGUAGACUCGACGGCGUUUGCAACAAGGAGUGCAUUGUUUACUGUCCAGUUGUAUGCCUCGUCCAGUAAUUACGAACCACCAUAUCCUGAAGACGGUUUCACUUUCUUGGAUGGUGCCGCUGAUGCUCUCACUUCAACUAUGGGUGAUGGUUGGGAUUACGGGGCCUACGUAAACUAUGCUGACGACCAGCUCGAAAAUGAGUACUACCUUUACUACAAAUCGCAUUAUCCGAGGCUGGUAGCUCUGAAAAGUCAAUAUGACCCAACUGGUGUCUUUGACUUUCCCUUAAGCAUCCAGUAAGAAUACUGCAUGAAGAACAAUCUUUCCACAACAUAGUGGACCCUUCGUGCGGGAUAUCUUAGUAGGUAGGCCAUAAGGAUGGUCGACAAGUUCAGUGGCCUCUAAGUAAAUGUAGCAUUAAUUCCAGUUAACACAUUAUAAAAAUAUAGCUUUGUUGUAUCUCAUCGCAUAGCUGGUAUCGAUAACGCCAACACUUCAACAAUCUCCGUAUGUUCCGUCAAUCUUACGGCUUCUCCGGGUCUCGAAGCAUCAAAAUACGUUGAAGUGAUCCGCACAUCUUCGAGUCUCCAUUUAGGAUACCACCGUC